ACGUGGCCUCCGUGAUUGAUUGUGAUCGAUUCAGUGAUAAAUUGAAGCUUCUGCGAGUAACCGCAUACGUCAAUCGAUUUAUCUCCCUUUUGAAAAGCAGAGUUAAAGGAACCAACGAACAGCUAAUUGCUCACGGUUCAAACCUUUCUGCGGCCGAAAUUUUAAGAGCUGAAAAUAUGUGGAUCCGGAGUGUUCAAGAAUCGAGCUUCGCGGAAGAAUUGAAAUACUUGCGAAGUAAGUCGAAAGCAUCGUCCCCGCCGAAUGUUCGGAACUUAGGACUGUAUGUCGAUCAAGAUGAUAUGCUAAAAUGUAACGGUAGAUUGAACAAUGCACCUUUCCUCGAAUCAGAGAAACGACCGAUACUUCUCCCAUCCAAACACUAUUUCACAAAAUUGACAAUUCGAAGGGUUCACGAAGAUGUUAAGCACAGUGGUAUCAAUCACACGUUAUCAACGUUGCGCGAAAGGUUCUGGGUGUUGCGAGGACGAGAAACCGUGAAACAAAUUCUAAGAGAAUGCGUAGUAUGUCAUAGGCACCAGGCAAGACCGUUCAGUCCACAACCAACGCCAGAUUUACCCAAAAUCAGAGUCGAUGACGCUCCAUCAUUCGCGAACACUGGAUUAGAUUUUUUGGGUCCGUUGUAUAUUACCGAAAAGAACGCAAUGAAAGGGACUUCAUCCUCCAAGGUUUAUGUCUGUUUAUUUACAUGUGCCGCAAGUCGGGCAGUACACCUUGAAUUGACUCGAGCUCUUAGUACUCAAGCAUUCCUGCUGAGUUUUCGACGUUUCGUGAGCCGACGGGGUUUACCUUCGGUUUUGAUAUCCAACAACGCGACGACGUUCAAAUCUGCGUCCAAGGACGUGGAACGGAUUUGUAGAUCCAAGGAAGUUCAGGACUUUCUCGUAGGUCGAGGCGUGACAUGGCAAUAUAUCGUGGAAAGAGCUCCUUGGUGGGGUGGUUUUUGGGAACGACUCGUGCGAAGUGUUAAGACUGUUCUCAAGAAAAUCCUGGGGCGAACGACUCUCGAUUAUGACGAACUGUUAACUGUGCUUAUAGAAAUUGAAGGAAUAAUCAACGCACGGCCAAUAACUUACAUUUACGACGACGAAGAAUCGGUUUCCUAUGCGCUCUCACCGUCGCAAUUAAUUAACGGACGACAUAUUUGUUCAAGACCAAACAGCCAACAUUACGAGAUCGUUAGCACAAACGCAUCGUUAACCAAAAGAGCCAAGCGUCACAAGCAGAUCUUGUGUCAGUUUACAACGCGUUGGCGAAAGGAAUAUUUAAGGAAUUUACGCGAGAAUGCACAAGUGAACGGGAAACGUCAAAAAACGGAACAGCUUAAGAAAGGCGAUAUCGUUAUAGUUAAUGAAAAAACGAACAGGAAUUUCUGGCGACUCGGAAAGAUUGAGGAACUCAUAUCAGGCGAUGGAAUGGUUCGUGCGGCCAAGGUCAGGGUUAGUAACGAGAACGGAAAAUCGGACGUGUUAAGAAGGUCUAUUCAACAUCUAGUUCCUCUCGAAGUUAGUCAAGAUUCCAACGUAGACGAGAUCAAACGGAACCAAAAUGAGAAAUUGACGGUUGUGGAAGAUUCAAGAGAAAACCGCGAUCGACCUCGACGUGCAGCAGCGAUUGCCAAUGAACUUUUAAGAGGAGAACUCUUGAAGAAUAAGUUACUUUAA